AUGAUGCGCCCGAAAUCCGAUCUAUUCGGCCGGGAUCAGCCGCCGAUACCCGCAGAAUCAUCAAUCAUGCCGUCUUUCAAUGCAAUGGACUUUCAAUCGGACGAAGCACUAUCCCGAGAGAACUUUGCCGUCUGGUUGUUCGACCCUCAAGCAAGUUUCAGCGACUUCAAUGGCGUCGCAAACCUCCCUUUCCUCGAGGGAGGCUUGGAAUCGACCUUCAACAACAAUAUCCACUAUGACUAUGAGUCUUUGACCAGCCGUUCACAGCUAGACCCGACACCGCCAAGGCAAGCCGAUGUCAGCGAUGAACUCAUUGGUGAACACCGACGCCAAGAAGUUUUGAGAUGGCUGCAGGUCUUUCGUCAGAAGCAACCGAAAUACGAGCACCGCAUUAUCAACUUGGUGCAAGAAAGUGGUGGAGAUCUGCCCGCACUAAACCUCGACAUGAUGCGCGACUGUUUACAAGAGUACUGGAAGAACGUUUCGCCAAGGCUACCCAUCGUCCAUCAACCGACAUUUGCAGCAAAUCGAUGUUCCAUCUUCCUACUCAUGGUCAUGAUUGCGUUAGGAGCUGCAUCUUUGAGCAGCAGAGACUCGACGGGAAACCUGGAGCAAUACGGAGGGUUCGCCGAUGUCGUCAUAUCCAGUGUUCGUUGGGAGAUUCUCACAGCAGAAGAGGCAUCACCACCGGUCGGUCUGGCAAUUGCGCAAUCACUGCUACUCCUGGAGUUCUACGAGAAGAUGUUCUCGUCAAGGCGAUUCCAUGAGCGAGCUCACAUCUAUCACUCCGCCACCUUGACCCUCCUCAGGAGAGGAAGUCCUCUUAUUGGAAGAGCGGGGAGUGAAUCGCCGCCGGAAGAACAGGCCCCCACCUCCAACGAUGCAGCAUCAUUGGAUUCUAGGACGUGGUGGGUGCGAUGGGCUGAGUCCGAGGCGAUGCAUCGGGUCGUGUUUGCGGCUUUCAUGUUGGACAUUAUCCAUGCAGCCAUGUUUGGCCACACAGCGGACAUGGCACCCCAUGAGAUCCGACUUCCUCUGCCUUGUGAUGAUGCUCUUUGGACAGCUGCCACUCCUGACGUAUUCCGCCAGCUCGAUGGCAACUACCGCAUGUACGGCAUCAAACAGGUUUCCUUCCUCGAUGGACUGAAGAGCGCUCUACAUGGCCAGGAGGUUAAGACACAUACCUUCGGGCGGAUGAUCAUCAUGUCAGGCCUGCUGAGCGUUGGGUGGCACCUGUCCCAUCGAGAAUCCCACCUCAAGUGGCUUGACCUGCGUACACCGAGUACUGAGACGCACGACAGCUGGAAGAAGAUCUUGCUGCGGGCAUUCGACGAAUGGAAGGAGAGCUUUGACAAGGCUGUCGGCGCGAACGACACUCCUGAAGCACCAGGUCAGCCAUCGAGUCCUAAUGGUCCGAUUCACUCCGCCGCUGCACUCUAUCACCUAGCAUACAUCAGCCUUCACGUUGACAUCGUCGACUGCCAAGUAUACGCCGGCGCUAAGCGUUUGGUCGGACGGAAGGUAUCCACACGAGAUCACUCCAAUGCCGUUGCGCGGAUGAGGACCUGGUCCAACGCAGCCUCAACACGGCAGGCCGUCCUCCACUCUUUCAAACUGCUCUACCGCGUCCUCGUGGACCAGAGAGGACCUAAACGACGAACGAGUAGUUUUGGUUCACUUCCUGAGCCGGUUUCAGUCUUCUACUCAUGCCGCACCGAGCCUGAUCCGCAUCGCCCAUGGAUCAUGUACUAUGCGGCGUUGACGAUCUGGUCAUUCGUUCAAGCACUUGGCAUCCCCAAUAAGAACGCCCCACCUGGACGGUACAGCGAGAUCGCCAGGUACCUAGCCCAUUUUGCCACUCUGGACGAGCUGAACGAUGAAUCAGCGAUGGACCUGAAUGAGAGACUGCCAGAACUCCUCGACUUGUUGAAGAUGAGCCUCGAGCAGUCCCAUUCGGAGUUGCUGCGGGAAGCUAGUGACCGACUGAAGCUCUGUCGAGAAAUGUUACGGUAG